AUGGCAAACUUUUACACCCAGAUUGACCACGAAUACGGCACCGAAGCAAAACAUUCACUAAAGAUGUUCGCUAACCUGAACCGCAAGAUGGGAAAUAUGACAACUAGGAAAGAUUUCCUAAUAAGAUGCCGACAAACAGGUAUGUUUCCCCCACACAUCACAGACGUUUUUCGAUGUGUCUUUGCGCUGUUUGAAGACAACAGCCCCUACCUGAACGAGCUCGACAGGCAGAUUCAUCAGCAAAAACGCGCGGCCCAAACUGACCGUAAAUAUCGAAAGAUUAUGGACAGAUCGAUAAAAUCCCUCGAGCAGAAAACGCCAUCACAUAACCUCCGGGCGUUUCACAACAGCACCACGGUAGAGGUACCGCAACCUGUUCAACUCUUGCUCAGUCUGGGAUCCAAGUUCGCUCUGCCGCCCCCAAUUACAUCACCAAAAACAUUCUAUCAUCUAAUAGCAGAUAUCGAAGGAAUAAUUGAAACGACAGAGGACGAAGAUAUCAAGAUCCGCAACCGCAGCGCAGCGGCUAACAAAAUAAUAAACCACAUCCACUCGCAGAAAAAUAGAACACGAUGCAGUCCUUCAGACAACUUCUACAAAAACGCGAUUAUCGCCACAAAACAAUUUUUAAAAUCUGAUCCGAGCAUCAUCGUACUCGAAGCCGACAAAGGUAACGUAACAGUAAUGAUGAAACGCGAAGAUUACGAUGCAAAGAUGGAAACACUUAUCGGGGACAAAAGCACAUAUGCAAGCCUUACUCGCGAUCCUACAAAUGGUUUCCAAACUAAAAACAACGAGUUCGCAAAAAGGUUAGCAGAUUUAAAAUUAAUCAACAGGGCAACAGAAUUAAAGCUAAAAACGUAUAAAGCAACAGCCCCUUGCAUCUACGGGACACCCAAGGCACACAAAGUAGGCUUGCCAUUAAGACCAGUAGUACCAUGCAUGACGUCACCAUCUUAUGAACUGUCUAAAUACAUAGGACGAAUACUUCAAGCAUCGAUCAACAGCAAAUACAACGUCAAAGAUUCGUUUGAGUUCUGCGAUUUCAUCAACAAUGUUGUACUUCCACCGGAUCACAUCCUCGUUUCUUUCGAUGUUGUUUCCCUUUUCACCUGUAUCCCCCGGGACCUAGUUCUCCGCAACAUCAUCAACAACUGGGACGCGAUAAAGAAGAACACAAACAUAAAUUUGGACAUGUUCCUCGAAAUCGUUAACUUCUGCAUGAGCUGCAGUUAUUUCAGAUUCAAAAACAAAUUUUACCAACAAACAUACGGCACGGCGAUGGGCAAUCCUGUGUCCAGCCCGAUAGCUGACUUUGUGAUGGAAUCACUUUUAGACAAUGUCACACGGACACUCGAUUUCCAGAUCCCGAUCCUAAGGAAAUACGUUGAUGACCUACUGCUAGCCCUACCAAGAGAACAUGUCGAACAGGUAAGAGAAAAGUUCAAUCAAUACCACCCGAAAAUCCAAUUUACUGUCGAGAUAGAAUUAGUGCAGAAAGCGAACGAAACCGACACCACCAGCCAAAACACACAAGACACACCCACACAACAUUACCGAUCCAUAUUGAACAUCGACGGCCUAACUGCGAACAUAGUUCGCUCACUGAAAACGGACUAUCCGCAAGUACGCAUCGGCACCACGCAACAACAUACGAUACGCAGCCUACUGCCUGUGGUUAAGGACCCGAUACAACCGAUCGAUCGUUCCAAUGUGGUCUACAAUAUCCCAUGCGCAGGCGCAUCCGACCGUAACGAGACAUGCUCAAAAGUUUAUGUUGGGCAAACUAGCUACAAACUUCGUACUAGAAUGUCCAAGCAUAAAUGUGACGUCACCAAAUUAAACCGAAUCAUCGCCUCAGGGUCCACAGCAUCAGACCCAGCCAUCAGAGAGCUACGACAAUCGGCCGUUGUUGAACAUUGCUUCGACCAGGGACACAUGUUCGACUUUGAAAAAGCCACCGUUCUCGACAGCUCCAACAAGCACCGCCGGCAUCUAGAGGUACUCGAAAUGUGCUAUAUCCAAAGCACUCCGAAUACCGUCAAUAUACAGAGCGACACGGACGGAAGAGCGAUCUCCUACGGCGGAGUGUUCCACACACUCUCCCAGAUAGCUCACAAGCACUCAUCGGCGCCGGUUUCUGGCUAUGAAGAAGAAACCCAAACAACAAUAACAAACUGUGAGUCGAGUGGAUAA